AUGGCGAGCGAAAAGAAAAUCGAGGAUGUAGAGGUCGAGGAGAGCGGUGAGGAAGAGGAAGAAGGCGGCGUCGAUGUCGCCGGAGCUCCCACCAAGAAGAAGCGCAAGCCGCGCRAAAAGUCCAAGAAGAGCAGCGAAACGGCCGUGGCUUCGAGCAGCGAGACGGCGCAAAACUCGAUACCCACCGGCGAUCUCCAAGCAAUGCUGCAGCAGCUGGCAAUGGCUCAACAAGGCGGAGGAGCGAGAGAAGGCAAAGCGCCCGAGGAUUACAAGUUCUGGAACACGCAACCCGUCCCCAAAUUCAAGGAGCCCAAUCUCCUACAAACCACAAACGGCGGGGAGGGCGAAUCGCUGCCUGAAGGACCCAUUCUUCCGGCGGCCGUCUGCAAAAAGGUGGCCAAGCCAGAGCCGGAGAAGUUACUGGAUGGCUUCGAAUGGUGUCUCAUUGACCUCGAGGACAAGGCGGAGCUGCACGAAUUCUACGACUUGUUGUACAAUCACUACGUCGAGGAUACCGACGGCUCCUUUCGCUUCAACUAUUCGGUCGAGUUCCUGGCGUGGGCGCUGAAACCACCAGGCUGGACAAAGGAGUGUCACAUUGGCAUCCGGACCAAGACGGUCGAGGGCAAAAAGGGCAAGCUGGUCGCCUCCAUCACCGGCAUUCCAGUCACUCUGCAAGUCCGCGAAAAGACCGUCAACGCAUGUGAAAUCAACUUCCUCGCAAUCCAUCGGAAACUCCGCAACAAGCGUCUGGCUCCCGUCUUGAUCAAGGAAGUCACCCGAAAGUACUACCUCAAUGGCAUCUAUCAGGCUCUCUACACCGCAGGCACUCUCCUACCAACCCCAGUCUCCACCUGUAGGUACUUCCAUCGCUCUCUGGACUGGGAGCACCUCUACAAGAAUGGCUUCAGUCAUCUUCCUGCACACUCUUCCGAACUGCGUCAAAAGUUGAAAUACAAGCUGGAGGACAAGACGGGGUUGAAGGGUCUUCGUCCGAUGAAGUCAGAAGAUAUCCCUGCCGUGAAGGACCUUCUUCAAAGAUACAACCAGCGCUUUCACCUGCGACCGGAAUUCUCCUCCGAGGAGAUGGAGCACUACUUCUGCUCCAAGACUUCCAAAGGCGUGGUGUGGUCGUACGUGGUGGAAGAGAACGGCAAAAUCACCGAUUUCAUCUCGUACUACCUGCUGGAUUCCUCCGUUUUGAGGUCCAACAAAAAGGAAACAAUCCGUGCCGCCUACCUCUACUACUACGCGACCGAGAGUGCCUUCCCAGACACAUCAAAAGUCAACCCGAAGCAAGCGCAGGACACCCUGCAGGCACGACUCGGCCUUUUGGUGCACGACSCACUAAUCCUUGCCAAGAAAGAAGGCUUUCACGUAUUCAACGCAUUGACUUUGCUCGACAAUCCGCUAUUCCUCAAGGAGCAGAAAUUCGAGCCUGGUGACGGUAAACUCAACUAUUACCUCUUCAACUGGCGUACAGCUAGUAUUGACGGUGGUGUGGAUGAAAACAACCAGAUUGACACGACGAAAAUGGGAGGUGUCGGGGUUGUUAUGUUGUAG